AUGUGUAGACGCCAAUUCUUUCUACUCUCUACUUUCUACUUUCUACCUUCUAUCUUCUACUUUCUACCUUCUAUCUUCUACUUUCUACUUCCUACCUUCUACUUCCUACCUUCUACCGUCUACUUUCUACUUCCUACCUUCUAUCUUCUACUUUCUACUUUCUACUUUCUACCUUCUACUUCCUACCUUCUACUUUCUACUUCCUACCUUUUACUUUCUACUUCUUACUUCCUACUUACUACCUUCUAUUUUCUACUUUCUACUUCCUACCUUCUACCUUCUAUUUUCUACUUUCUACUUUCUACCUUCUACCUUCUACUUUCUACUUCCUACCUUCUACUUCCUACCGUCUACUUCCUACCUUCUAUCUUCUAUUUUCUACUUUCUACCUUCUACUUCCUACCUUCUACCUUCUACCUUCUAUUUUCUACUUUCUACUUCCUACCUUCUACUUCCUAUCUUCUACCUUCUAUUUUCUACUUUCUACUUUCUACCUUCUACUUUCUUCCUACCUUCUACUUCCUACCUUCUACCUUCUAUCUUCUACCUUCUAUCUUCUACUUUCUACUUCCUACCUUCUACUUCCUACCUUCUACCUUCUAUUUUCUACUUUCUACCUUCUACUUCUUAUCUUCUACCUUCUACUUUCUACUUCUUACUGUCUACCUUCUACUUCCUACCUUCUACCUUCUAUUUUCUACUUCUUACCUUCUACUUUCUACUUCCUACCUUUUACUUCCUACUUCCUACCUUUUACUUCCUACCUUCUACUUUCUACUUCUUACCUUCUAUUUUCUACUUCCUACCUUCUACCUUCUACUUCCUACCUUUUACUCUCUACUGUCUAAUUUCUACCUUCUACCUUCUUUUUUCUAUUUUCUGCUGGUGGUAAAUGGUUCAGCCACAUCUGGAGGCUUUCUGGAGACCAAAUGCAUUCACACCACUGUACAAAUUAUGAUUUGA